ACUCCAACAAACAGAGCAUUUUGUACAACAACAGGCUAUAAAGACUCAUUUGAAUUGAAAUAAAUAAAACAAAAAGAACAGCAAGCACGUACACAAUGUGACAAUAAAACAGGCAGCGCAGCAGUAGCAUCUAAAAAGCCAAAAAGGAAUUUAAUUGCACGCACUAGAGACAGGACGAGAAACGAGAGCCGAGCAUCUGCGGUGUUAGCCAUAAAUGAAACCCAAAUAGCCAGGAACACAAAGCAGGAGAAACCACAACACAGUGAUAAAGCCAGAAAGAAACGCACAAGAAACCCACAGAGAGAGAGAGAGAGUAUUCAACAACAUCAACAACACCCUUGUCUUGCCGAAUGUCCUUGCACCUUUAAGCUCUCCGUGUCAGUGUCCUCCCCCAGUGUUUACAUAUAUGCGUGUGUCCAUCAUCACCACCUACUUCCCCCUCAUCCGAACCACGAUCGGUGUGCGUGUAUAUGUGUAUAGCAGCACCAUCUAGAGCACCAAAAGUUAAGAAAUCAAGCAAAAGAUCCAAGCACCCACAGAAUCAAAUCACAAUAAACUAAAGAAACCACCAAUUAAGCAACAACAAAUAAACGCGUGAAGCCACCAGAACAACCAAACCAAAACCAGCCACCAAAAAAAAAAGUGCAUCCAGCCAGCUGAACCGAUCGCACUCUCUGUGAAGUCUCCCUGAGGGCUGACAGGUCAGAGUGAAUCACCCUAGAACCAACCUUAGCUUAGCCUAGUCUAGCUUAGUCUAGUCUAGCCUCCUUGGUAGCUCCCGCUAGCUCCGAUCCCCGAUUGAUCCACCACCACCUAACCACAUACCAGCACCACAAUUGCACAUUACUACCAUAGAUACCCCCGGCAGUACUACUACCGCAUGGAGCGCGGCACCAGCGGUGGUCAGCAGCAGCAGCAUCAGUCGUCGUCGCACCACCACCAGCAGCAGCAAUCGCACCACCACCAGCAGCAGCAGCAGCAGCAACAGCAGUCGCAUCAUCAUCAGCAGCAACAGCAGUCGCGACACCAUCAGCAUGUGGUGGCUGUGCAUAGCUUUGAUCCAUAUCUGACCGCCGGCGGGGCGGAUGAGGAGCAUACAUCGGGCACCUCGUCCUUUGACAAUCCCGCCACUAAAAAGAAACCACCCAAGCUGAAGCCCAUCCAUCGAUCCCUGUCCAUGGCCAUCGAUAAUUAUGCACCGACGUCGUCUUUGGGUGAACUCGAUUAUGACAUGGAAAUGGGCAUGGAGAUGGGCAUGGACAUGGAUUUGGACACCGAACUGGAUAUGGAUGGCGAGGGGAUUGUCAUCAGUGAGAAGCCGCUGAUCCACCGCUCGGCCUCGCCCCUGCCCCAUUCCCGAUCCGGAGCCCUACCCCCGCAGACCCUAGCAAUCCCAGCACAUCAGCAACAGCAACAGUCCUCCCAUCCUAGCCUGCAGCGUGGCGGCAGUGGUAGUGUGUCGCCAGCGCUAUCAGCCCGACAGCAACACCAUCAUUUACUCCAACAACAACAACAACACCAACAACAACUUCAACAACAACAACACCAACAGCCACACCAACAACAACAACAACAACAAGCGCAACAACAGUUGCAUUUGCACACUUUUCAGCAACUGGCCGCACAGGCCGCUGCUGCACGGCAUCCGCACCAGCAGCAUACACUAUCGCACCGCCAACAACAACAACAACAACAACUACAACAACAUCCGCAUCAGCUUCAACAUCCGCAACAACAUUCGCAACAUCCGCAUGCGCACCCGAAGAGCUCACCAACCUCACACGCAGUUAGCCCGGUGCUGGGCCAGCAGCAUCGCCAGCAGCCGGACAUAUAUCUGGUCAGCAGCAGCACAAGCCUGGGCGAUGGUGUCGGUGUGGCCAGUCUGGGAUUGGGCAUGGGGAUGGGGAUGGGGAUGGGCAUGGGCAUGGGUCGAUCGUUGGGCGGGAGCACAUCGCCCAUUCAAUUCAUCGAUGUGGACGAUGUUGUGCCCGGCCAAACGGUUGCCUCGCAGCGGCCCAUGCACACGCAUCCGCUGAAGAAGAACCUGUUCCGGCGCUCCGACACCAUUGACGUCCAUCCGUCUACCAAUUUUCAGAUGAAGAAAACGCAUUCCUUCCACGCGCAACAGGAUCCCGCCGCCCUGGACCAAAUACAGCUGGCCGUGGCCGCCGGCUCGGGUGCAUCGAGUCGUCGCACAAGCUCGGUGCGUGGCAAUUUCCUAAUGCCGGGUCCCCCGGCGGGUGCCAAGGAGAUCUCACGUUCACCCUCGCCCAGCCGUCGAGGCUGUCGUUCGCAUCGAUCCUUUAACGAUCCGGGCCGGAGGCCAAGUGUCAAGCCCGAUUCGGUGGUGGAGUCGCAGAUAAGACAUCCCUCGCUGAACGAUGAUCUGAUGGAGCCGAUGAAUGGAAGGAAUCUCUUUGGGGCGCCCACCAAUCUGUCGCUGGAGAAUGAGCUAUUCGUGGACACCCGUUCGCGGAGCAAUAGUCACACCAAAAUGGAGGAGCUCGGCCUGGCGGAGAUCACUGCCGCCGCUGUGGCAGUGCAGCGUCUGCGCAAGCACUCCGGAGCGGGUUCCUUUGAGGAUGCGGCCGCCGGACAUAGUGCCACCCACCCGCCUUCGGCAGCGAAUAGCGUGAAGCAGAAGCGGGAUUCGCAUCAUCCCCAUACCCGCCAGCAAAGUACCCACAGCCUGGAGCUGGACGGACGUCCCUCCACCUCGGCGGCAGCAGCAGCAGCAGCAGCGGCGGCAGCUGCAGCCGGCGGGGGACAUGGAGGAGGACUGCAGCUUCAUAGCGCAGCGGCGGCGGCCAGUGCGGCGUACCACUUCAAGCGGGGCGCCCAGCAUGGCAGAUCGCUGUACCUGUCGCCCAGCAACCUGGAGGAGAUGGCCGUCCAUCGGCCAGGUGUUCUGGCCGCAGCAGCCGCCUUCCAGGGCACCAAUGCCAGUGCCAGCGUGAAACAGGCCAAGGCCCUGCACAGCGCCAGUGUGCGGCUGCGCAGCUACCGGGAGACCCUCAGUGCCUCCAAGAAGUCCAAGAGCUUCAUCGGAGAUGCCAGCGCUGGCAGCGGUCCGCAGGCGGGCGACGACUUCGAGCUGAGCUCACCCCACCGACGCAACAGUCGCCCGCUGUCCACGGCCGUGCCGGGUUCCAGCAUCGAGGAGAUUAAGCGGAGUCCCAGGCCCAUCUCUGCAUCGGCGGCAGCUGCGGCCUUCAUCGAGGAGAAGCGUCCCAGCUUCGAGAGGAAGACCUCUCUGACCUAUGACCAUGAACUGAGCGAUGCCGCCUUUGCCGCCCAGGUGCUGAGACCCUUCCAUCAUAAACUGGCUGCCGGAAGGAAGGGCUCGGUGACGGGGGGCUCACACAAGCUGAAGAAGAAGUCGCUCAGCGAUGAGACGGACGAGGACGAGGCGGCGGACCGCAAGCGCAAGCGCAUCGUGUGCAUUGUCCUGUCCACGGUGCUGUUGUGCCUGGUGUGCGCCAGCGUGUUCGUGCUGACCAUCACGCUGACCUCCAGCUCCGGCCAGGCCGGCAAGAAGGCGCACUCGUUCAGCAGGGACACCCCCGUCCACUGGACGGGCAUGCGACCAUCAUGAACUCGAACGCACAGGCUUCGCUCUGGCCAAUACACCAUCGACCUGCCGACUCUGCUGGACACGAUAUCGUUAAGGUUUACGUUUACGUUUUCGCUUCCGCUUCCGCUUUUGCCACAGCUUCCACAUCGUCUUCGACUACAUGCUUUCGUUCCGCUCCACAUUGUGCUUCCCCUGCGUCUGCCGGUUCUCUCUGGUUCUGGUUCUGGUACUGGAUCCCACAUCUGAUGUCCUGCCACCAAGGAGGAAAAGGAGCAGCUACCAACGAGGAGUCUUGCGACAGGAGAACGAGCGGAACUUCCGCGAGAAUCUGGAGCGCACCUGGAUGAUGAAGAAUCGC